CCUUCAGCGGAGCACACUGUACAUUGUUACUGUACGUGUACUCAAGCUUCUGUCCAUGCAUUUAUUACAGAUCACAUAAAUCGUGAAGAAUAAACUUGAGGAAGAUGGCUUGAAGUUUUAUUUCUGACUGGCAGGUGAACAACGCUGCAAUGAGCUGCUUUCUUAUUUAAACCAUGCUCCUGAACUCCAAGCGACCAUGCUUUGGCUCUUCUUGUGCGUCGUGGUCGGGGAUGUUCUUGUGGCCACAUUUGAGGUGAUUGCCCCUAAUAAACAUCUGCUGGCAGUCCGAGGUCGUCCAGCUGUACUGGGCUGUGAGUUCACACCUGGUCCUGACCUGUCCAGCUUGGUCAUUACCUGGCAACGUCAGGAGGACUCACGAGUUGUCCACAGUUUCUAUUAUCAACAGGACCAAUUGGACCGACAAUGUCCAAAAUACCACAAUCGGACCUCAUUAUAUGUUUCAGAGCUUCAUAAAGGAAAUGCCUCUCUAAGAAUUGCAUCAGUUGAACUGAAAGAUGCAGGUUGGUACAUUUGUGUAGUCAGCAAUGAAAAGGGAACAGGAAGAGCCUUGAUGGAAGUGACUUAUGGAGCUCUUUACUCUGAACCCAGGUUAAGCUUCCAUGUAAACUCCUCUGCUUUGAAAAUGCAGUUUGAGACAGAAGGUUUCCCCAAACCUGAGGUGAUCUGGCUGGGGGAACACAACCAGAACAUCAGCCAUUACAUGGAAAUCCACGACCAAACAGAAGAUGGACUUUAUCUCAUAAAGAGCAGCUAUGAGGCUCAGAAGCCAGUGGUUAAUGUCACAUUUACACUAAAGAAUCACCUCCUGAACCAGAACCUUCAGAGAACAGUGUGCCUCAGCUUUGAUGAGGACACCACAGACCAUACGAUUAUUGUACUUGCUGUCCUGUCAGUGGUUUGCAUUCUCCUGUUCAUUGGCAUCAUUGGGUUAGCAGUGCACAAGCAGAACAAGCAGAGAUCUUCGAUGUGAUGAACCAUGACAGUUAAUGAACGGUGUUGGAGCUGUUCCCAAAAAGUCUGCAGGCAUGUUUAGACUUGUGCUAAACAUUACUGGGAUUAUUCAUGAGAUGCAAGCAGAGCAAAUGUUAAUUAAAGCUGCAGUAGGUAACUUUUGUAAAAAUAUAUUUUUUACAUAUUUUUUAAACCUGUCAUUAUGACCUGACAGUAGAAUAUGAGACAGAUAAUCUGUGAAAAAAUCAAGCUCCUCUGGCUCCUCCCAGUGGUCCUAUUGCCAUUUGCAGAAAUUCAUCCACUCCCGUUAAGAAACAACCAAUCAGAGCUGCGGUCCGUAACUUUGUUUGUGUUUAAAAUGUAGAAAAAUGUAUAUAGUAAGCGAGUACACCAUGAAUCCAUUUUCCAAACCGUGAUUUUGUCUUGUCCUGAAUCACUAGGGUACACCUAUAAUAAGUGUUUAUAUUCGGACUAUUUUAGAUUGCUUCGGGGGUACCGCGGCGGAGUAAUCCAGUACCUUUGUGAUACUUCAUAGACAUAAACAGAGUGAAGUAGAUCCGGCUACGAUGUUCUUCCGCAAGACGCAAGGAGUUCUGUUUACUAACCGCUAGAGCAGUGGUUCCCAACCUUUUUCAACUCACGGCCCACACAACCAAACACAUAUGUUUGCGCGGCCCACUUCAAAAAAAUUAACUGACCCCGCUAUUGUUGGGUUAAUAACUUAGUACUCAGAAGCUAGAUUUUAAACUACAUUUAUUGAAUAAACUAGGGCUGUGCGAUAUGGACAAAAAAAAAAAAAAAACUAUCGCGAUUUUUUUGAUCAAUUUUGCAAUUGUGUUUUUACAGUCAUAAAUGCAUUCAGGAUUAAUUUGAAACAUAUUUCCAAAAGAAAACCAAUCAGAGCUUAAUCAAAAAGUUGUAACAUCUCUAGAACAGACAUAAGUCAAAAUUAUCACUAUAGUGAAGAUGUAAAAAAAUGUAUAGACUUGUGGCAAAAAAAAUAAAUAAAAACAAAUCCUGUAUACAGGGACUUUUUUUUCUUUUUUGCCAUGCAUUGUUCAUAGAGCUCAUUAAUUGUAGCGGUGCCUCAGGUGUUUGCAGUGUGUAUACAGUAUGUGUAUGCGGUCAGCAGUGAGAGCGCAUAAAUAUAACGCGAAAGCACAUUAAAAUAAUGUACGAGUGCGAAUCUCUCUGUUCGCAGCAGAUUUCCUUUGCUCUGUCACAAAACCGGUCGUGCUUGCUCAGAUACACGCUGCUCUGCGCGGAGAGAGUGUGCGCACUUAAAACGUGUCUCCUCUCACUUAAACUGCAUCCUGUUCACUAACAAAUUCACUUUAUGCUCAUGUGUUAGACUUGAAUUAUUUUCGCACGUUUUUAUUUCUAGCCUUUUACCGCAGUGAGAACGCUCUGAUCCGUCAACAUUGGCUCAGAAAAAAGGCGCAUCACAGACAGUAUGUGAACCUGGAGUUAGGCAUAUGCGCACGCUCAAAUCGUGAUUUUAGGUUGUUUUCUUUUAAUCGCACAGCCCUAGAAUGGACUGGAAAUGAACAGAAAAUAAUUGGCGGCCCACCUGCAAUACCACCGCGGACCACAGGUUGAAAACCACUGCGCUAGAGCAUCAAAAGUUACCUACCGCAGCUUUAAACUAUACUUGCAUAAACUGAAAAUAAUUGCAAAAGAUGCUAAUGUUCGAAAGAAUGGAUUUCUAAAUAAUUUACACAGGUUUCAAAAAAUGUCAGAGUCUGUAAGUGGGAGUCAUAUGGAUAUGUGCUAAAAGUCAUUUCCAAAUCUUUUUACUGUGUACAUUCUAACCAUUGCAGUCUGUCCUUAAGCCCUUAGAGAAAUGUGUAAUCCUAAAUUUCUGUCCUCUAGCCAUGUUUCCUAGCAACAAAUAUAAGGAGAGUAAUAUAAUUCAGAGUAUACUGGUGCUGAUGGCUGUUUUUCCCACACAGUAGAUUUAGAACAAAUUAUAACCCAGCAUCUGUUUAACCAUCUGUUAACUUACCCAUUAAUUAUGCAUUAAUCCAGCACAUACUGUAGCAGUAAUUUAAUUUCUCAUGGCUGCUUAUCAAAUAAAGCUUGUGUUAAAUGACUAUGA